AAUCGAUUCAGCGUGUCAUCGGGACCCCCUGGCCGUGGGUGGUGAAAUUGCGCGGGAACUUGAAGCGUGAGGAGAUUAACGCGUACGGUAGCUGUACAUACAAAAUUGUUUUAAUAGUUUAAAAAAAAAAUAGUUUAUUAAAGUCGCGAUGGCCGAGUCGAUGGACCCAGCGGAGGUGGAAUUUCUGGCGGAGGAGGAGACGGUCACGAUCAUCCCCAACUUCUCCCUGGACAAAGUUUACCUCAUCGGGGGCGACCUGGGACCCUUCGACCCGGGGCUGCCCGUGCGGGUGCCUCUCUGGCUGGCCAUCAACCUCAAGCAGCGGCAGAAGUGCAGGAUCCAAGCCCCGGAGUGGAUGAGUGUAGACCGUCUGGAGCAGCUGCGGGAGGAGGAGCGGGCGGCCCAGACCUUCACCCCCAUGCCCAGCCCCCACUACAUGGAGCUCUCCAAGCUGCUGCUCAACGUAGCUGCCGACGAUAUCCCACGCGCUGACGAGAUCCGGUCGGUGCUGCGUGACCUGUGGGACACGCGCACGGCCAAGCUGCGUCUCUCGGCCGACGGCUUCGUGUCUCAGCAGGCGAGCCACGCGCAGCUGGACAACCUCACCAUGAUGGAGGUGAACGGCAUCCGCCCAUUUUUCCUGGGCUCCCUCAGCCUCCUGCAGAAGCUGCGUGGGAACCUCAUGCCCGGAGCGACACAAGCGGAGUCGCAGGAGACUUGAGUUUGCUCCCUCCGCCAAGGUCAGCGACCAAACAAAGGCACACACACAGAUGGGUCCAUCUGGUGCGCAGGCAGGCUGACCUCUAAGGGACCUGGGUUCGAUUCCCAACUCGGCCACCUGUGUGGAGGUUGUGUGUGUUCUCUCUCUCUCGCUCCCCGUCCUGGAUGGAUUUCCUCUGGGUUCUCCUCCCCAUAGCUAAAGAAAAAUUAAAACCCCAUUCAAUGUAAGUGGUAAUGACCAAAACAACAAAGAUUACCUACAAAUUACUCGAUCGAGAUAAAGACUAAGAUCCCCUGUAUAGGCUUAACAGAAUGUUGGGGCAAGUGCUGUUAGCAAGCAGCACCUAUGAAGGCCGGCACGGCACACCAGGGGGUGGGUGGCCAGCACCACGCCCGGCCGCCUUUGUCUCCCCAGUGGUGAUGUUUACACCGCACCAGGUACUCAUUUGAGGCAGAGUCGACCUAGGGGAGGCCCAGGGCCGUUUCAAAUAAUUGUGAGUGGUGUUGGUGGCCGUGAGUGGGAAUCGAACGCAGGUUGCCGGAUUCGUAGCGCAGCGCUAACCGCUCCACCACCGCUCCCCACCAUCAAUCUCAUGACCCUUCCUGAGCACAAGUGUUGAGCACAAGUGUUGAGCACGAACAGCUGACUUUGGUGUGCAUUGGCGUCGGGUCCACGUGUCCCGCGGUUCUCUGUACAAAUUCCCCGACCGAUACGGACGCUCCGUCGCCUUGCUGACUGUGAAUAGCUCCGUGUGUGCGUGCGUAGCGAUAAAAACAGUGUUGGUUACUGUUAUUGUGUGUGUGCGUUGCCGUUCGUCUGUCAAUGUUGUAUGAAAUUAAAGUGAUUUUGACCACA